AUGGCUACCUCGAUUCUUGGACGUCAGACUCUUCGAGCUUGUGCUCGUGUAAGUCCUUUGAUUACUCGACCCCUGGCCCAGCGUCCUGGUACCUGUCGCAGCUUGUAUAUUAGUGGACUUCAUGUCUCAUCGCCUAGUUUGAGAGCUAGCCCAGCAAGUUUGAUCAAAUAUCGUGCUUCCUCUACAUCUACCAACAAACAACAAACACCCGUUACCCCUGCUGAACCCAAUACAAAUGAACCCACCUCUCGUAUCGGUAAAUUUAUCAAGUUCUCCAAGGAUCUUAUUUCCUUUUACAAGAACGGUUUGAAGCUCCUCUGGGCCAACGGCAAGACUGCCAAAGCUUUGAAACAAAGAGUACAAAAUGAAGGCUACAACUUGAACAGAGCAGAAUUCCAGCUUGUACACAACUCGCACAAGGAUAUGCUCAAGCUUAUUCCUUUUGGCUUUGUUUUUAUGAUCCUUCCUGAAUCUAUUCCAUUGUUAGUUAUGUAUGUCCCUGGAGCUGUUCCCAGCACCUGUUUGAAAGAGAGCCAAGUGAUUAAGCAGCGCGAGAAGUUGGAUAAGAUCCGUCAAAACAUGUCAAAGAAUGUCAUUAUGUCUGCCGAUAGCAUUGAAGGCAUCUCUCCUGAAGACUUUUUGAACCCUAGAACCUUUGCAAAGACAGCAAAGGCUUACAACUAUGAUUUUGAACUCACUCGCAUUGAUCGGGCACACUUGUCCUCAUACUGCUGCUUCAUGGGCCUUUCUGGAUGGGGAACACAGGGUAUUCUCAAGAAGCGUUUGAACAAGCAUUUAGACUAUCUUUUUGAAGAUGACAAGCUGAUCGUAAAGGAAGGUAUUGAAACUCUUCCUCUUCCUGAGCUCCAACAGGCUGCUGAAGAACGUGGCAUUCGUUCUAUCAAUGCCAACGGGGAUUCCCUUCGUCGUGCUAUCAAGUACUGGAUUGCGGUGACCGCUAUGGAUCCCCCAGUAUCGCGUGGUUUGCUUGUCUUUAGCCGCAUGUUCUUGCUCAAUGCAAACUAUAAGUAG